AUGAAGGUGGUUGUCAUUACCUACUUCCAGUCUUUCACGCUGCAUCCACAGCGGAGCACCGACCAUAAACGUGUCAUCACGGUCGAGUUAUCGAACGGGAAGAUGCUUGACCCAGUUUCGCUCAAUGUACCAGCUUUUGCGACCACCCAGGAUGUGGACAGCUUCAUCCAGAACCUCUGCGACUUUGACGGUACCAGUGUAUGCCCUUUCACGCACGCUUGCAACAUCUUCCGUCGACUCCGGGGCCUGGUUGAUUCCAUGUCAUCCAACGCGCAGACAACUUCGCAAGUCUCCCUGAUGGCCCAGACCAGAGAGGCUCUCGAGUCCGGCGCUCAAUUUCUUCGCACCGCCACCGAGGCGGUCACGGCAGAGAGUUUGAUCAGCGAGGAAGCCCUCGACGCUGGCAUGGUCACUCGGAAAGAGGCCAUUUCCAAGGCUGCCGACAAGGCCACACAGGCCGCACGCACGACCAUGCAGAGAUCUCGCACCGCCUCGCUCGAUGCAUUCAAGCUUCGUGUCCUGAACCACGCCUUCAAGCUUGAGUGGUUCAUCUAG